GCAGUUAAACACGGGGCGUUAACGAAGAAGAAGAAACUCUACACCUAAACUAGCCACGAUAUUUUGUUGCCUAGUCUAAAUAGAGUCGUCUUUGAUUUGUUCAGGGGUACAUUUAAAAAUGAUCCUUACUGUGAAGCCGCUUCAAGGGAAGGAAUGCAGCGUACACGUGAAAGAAGAUGAAAAGGUUUCCACAGUGAAAGAACUUGUAUCUGACCGUCUCAACAUACCACCUAAUCAGCAGAGAUUGCUUUAUAAAGGCAAAGCGCUAGCUGAUGAGCACAGACUAAGUGACUACUCCAUUGGGCCAGAAGCUAAAUUAAAUCUAGUAAUCCGUCCAGUGGGAGAGAGGACUGCCUCUUCAGGGUUGACCGCCAACAGUAGCACAACACAAGGAGGAGUGUGGCAGAGUGUGUCCACAAUCCUUGCUAAACACUUCAGUCCUGCAGAUGCUGCAAAAGUCCACGAACAGUUGAUUAAGGAUUAUGAGCGCUCACUGCGACAACUUAGUCUCGACGACAUAGAACGUCUGGCCGGGAGGCUGCUUCACCCCGAUGCCAACGGCAUGGACACGUCAUCAUACAUGGACUAAGAAGCUGCUGACUUGAAAUAUAGUGUGGUUCAGGGGGCUGCACAGAGCUCAGACAUGCUGAGAGUUGAAAGUGAUGUGAGGUGAAAAUACAGUUUGUUGCAGAGAGUGCUGUGUGUGCCUAAUCAGCGACUGAGUGAGCUUGGACAUAGCUUAUCUCUGUGAUAGCACUGUCUUAUCCAGUUGAAAGACUUGGUCUGUGUCAUUAAUGCUGCAGCCAUGUCACAAGACUUGAUCACACAAUAUUUUAAUACAAAGGAAUCAUUCAUGCUGUUUGUCUCAUGUUAUAUUUGCCUGCUACAACUCCCAGGGAACACUUGUCUUUGAGGGUAUUUAUUUUUAAUGUCAGUGUUUUUAACAAAUGUUUGUUGUUCAACCAGGACAAGGCAGUACAUAUCUCUGUGGUCUCAUUGUAUGAUUUGUAAAUACUCUUGUUUAUAUUCCAAUAUUAAAUCAGGAUAAACAUUA